AAGUGCAAAGAUGUCUUCGUCGUUUGUCAAAUUGUCGCUGUUUUGCACCACAAAUUACUCCCCUUUUGUGUAAUACAACAUGUCUGGUUCCAGUUCAAACCAAAGAUUUGCAGAUUACUUCGUAAUAUGUGGGUUGGACACUGUUACAGGACUGGAACCGGACCAGCUUUCAGGCGAUUCUCUUCACAUCUCUCCUCUGAAGCGGUCUUAUAAGGCAAAGGUACUAGCACAUUAUCCAGCCAAUGUUGAGUGGAACCCCUUUGAUGAAGAUGCUGUUAGACUGCUCUCUUUUCCUCAAGGUCUUCACUUCAAGAAGCAGUCAGAACCCCACGAUCCUACCUUACAUUCCUUCCUUAUUACAAGAGAAGAUGGGUCCAGAGUAUACGGCUGUGCCCUUUCAUUCUAYGAGGUGGUMACYAACCAGCAAAUCUGCAGYGCAAUGCAGACACUGCAUGACAUGCAUGAGGCUGAGCUUAACAUUGCAAGGUCAAAAUCAMKAAUACGAGCAAGGUCUCCYAUCACUGUCAGCACUUCAGAUAGCACAAUUGUUGAAAAUUGUCUUGGUUCUGAAUUUGAUGAGCAAAUAUUAUCCGAAAAGUGUUCGUUUGAUCUCAGGAAUGAUGUUUUAAUGGUUUCAAAAUGUGUGUCUAUCAUUACUCCCCUUCCAUUUAUGUCGGCCUGUGGGAAAUUUCUAGAACAACUCUACGAAGCUGCAAAUAAUGAACAAGUCUUGCCUCUUCCACUUGAAUCGUACAUUUAUAACUUGUUAUAUGAAGUACCACUUCCACCGCCUGGUCGCACUAUGAGGUUUAAAGGCUUUAUUCAUGAUAUAACAUGUCAGCGACCUGGUCCAAAUGAGCUGCCAUUGUUUGAUUAUUCAUUGAAGGAUAUGUUUUCCUUGCUUGGCGUGGAAAAUAUUGUGGAAUUGUUUACUUGUGUUCUUCUGGAGUACCAGAUCCUAUUGUUAUCUAAUAGUUACCAAAAAUUUAUGUUGGUUGCAGAAAGUAUAACAAAUCUGAUAUUUCCAUUUGUUUGGCAACAUGUUUAUGUUCCUAUCCUCCCAGCAUCUUUACAACAUUUCCUUGAUGCCCCUGUUCCAUUUUUGAUGGGAUUAUACUGUGAUACUGAAGAAGAUAAAGAGAAAUUAAAGCUUCCUUCAGAGGUAAUCAGGUCAUCAACAUAACUCAACAACUUGCAAUAUAGGGCUGGUUGUAUGAUGGUUGAGGCAGCCAUUCCAUAGAUUUUGUGUGGAUUUUAUUCUUUGGAUUUAUGCUGUGGGUAGAACCAGCCCAGGGCUCGAAAUAACGACCAGACAUAUGCAGG